UCACAAUCAUAUCAUCAAAUCAAUCAAUGCCUCUGAUUUUAUCAAAUCCUUUCCCUCCCAUGCAGUUGCAUCACACGCUAACACUGACACUUCUUCACCACCACUCAUUAUCUAUCUUCGCUGCGCCUCUCACCCUAACCACCACCACCACCACCACCAUGGCCACCAAUUUCCAACUCUCCGAUGCUUCUCACUCUCUUCCAAUUUCAUCGCACCACCUCUUGAUCGUCGGUCCCGGCAUUCUUGGUCGUUUGGUCGCCCAAAUUUGGCGCCAGGAAUAUCCAGGUUGUGAAGUUUAUGGACAAACAGUAACCACUGAUCAUCAUGAGGAGUUGGCCAAAAUUGGUAUUAAUCCGUCUUUGGAAUGGACCAAAGGCUCCCACAAAUUUCCCUAUGUCAUUUUCUGUGCUCCGCCUUACCAAUCCUCUGAUUAUCUCGGUGAUCUUAGGCUGGCUGCAUCAAGCUGGAAUGGUGAAGGUUCUUUCUUGUUUACGUCAAGCUCUGCUCCUUAUGAUUGUAAUGAUAAUGGAUUGUGUGAGGAGGAUAGUCCAGUGGUGCCUAUAGGGAGGAGCCCCAGGACUGAUGUCCUUCUUAAAGCUGAAAAGAUAGUGCUGGAGUUUGGUGGUUCUGUUUUAAGACUGUCUGGACUAUAUAAAGUAGAUAAAGGCCCACAUGUUUAUUGGUUAGAGAAGGGGAUUGUUGAAUCUCGCCCUGAUCACAUCCUGAAUCUAAUUCAUUAUGAGGAUGCAGCUUCCCUCGCAGUUGCAAUUUUGAAGAAACAAUUUCGUGGGCGGAUUUUCUUGGGUUGUGAUAAUCAUCCCUUAUCCAGGCAAGAGGUGAUGGAUCUGGUAUACAGAAGUGGGAAAUUUAGUAAGAAGUUUGAGAAAUUCACAGGAACUGAUGAUCCUCUAGGCAAGAGAUUAAACAACUCCAAAACACGCCAAGAAGUAAGGUGGGAGCCAAAGUACUCUAGCUUUGCUAAUUUCCUUGAGACCAUUUGAUUCUUCACACUAUUUUCUCAGUGAUGACUUAUCGUUUAUCGCUUUUUAUAUGAAAUCACAAACUAUAAAUUGAUUGUUAUCCAUUUUUUUUAUUGUAUAUUCGUACUUGACAAUGAAUAUUUAAUGCGUUCCUUUUGUGGGGUGAUAAUAAAAACACGAAGGAGUGCAUUUCCA